AUGAGUUCAAUGAACGUCAAAAAUCUCAUCGACCCACAGCUGUCGCUGUCAGAGAAAGACAAGCGAAAUGCGGAGUCCUUGCCUCCACGUUUGGAUCCACCACAUUCUGUUGGAUUGGCACCGGCUCCACAGCUACUCAUUCUGAGAAAUCCAGAUAGAGUCGAUUAUAAAGAACAUGAUAAUCUUCUGCCGCAAAUCGGCACUUCUAAUCCUGUUGUGCCAACAGCAACCGUGGCGUCUCUCUUGGGACCCGAUGCUGCCAUAUUUCCUAUGACAGAAUCCACAUUCAGAGAGGCAAUAAAGCUACGAACUGAACAAGAAAAAACGAGACAAGAGCAGAUUCGUCUAGAAGUUGCUUCUCGAAAUCUAGCUAUCAUGGAGCACGCGACUAGGAAUGAGGUUCCACCGCAUUUGAUACCAUACUUGGUGGUCGGAGAUCCGUCGGACCCUCGGCAGAUAAUGUCACCGCAAAAGUCUUCGGCUGUACCAAUGGUUCCUGUGCGAGCAGUGUCAGUUUCAGGAUCCACUCCCUUGGUUGCUCCUGAAAGUGUGACUCUUCCGUCUGCAGCAGCCAUGCCGCCAGUCUUUGCACCUUACUACCCACAAGCUUCGCCAUACGCUGGUUCGGGCCAAUCUCCUGCGGGCAGGGCGUACGAAAAUCCCGACAAUGCUAGUCUCGUGGCUCCAAUGAAUUUCCGCUUUGGAAUGGGCGCUAAAUUUGCCCCCGAAUCUCCUCAGAGAACACAAUCUCCAGCAAAAAUAGGUGCAGCUGCAGUAGCAAACCUCACCAAUCCCGUCACUCCAUAUCGACAAACUUAUCGCACUCUUCCGAGCCAUCAACGGCAUUUCUCCAUGCCCGCCGAUCCAGGGUUGCUGACCCUGAGGCCCGGAGACCGCACGAAGCCAAAGGUUCCGCAACCCUCGCGACUCAGAUCGCCUCAAGGCUCCACUUCGGCAAUUCAGGUCAAGCCGUCGCCUGCGCAGCCACUUAAUAAGCAGACUAAAAAUAGUCAGAUCCCAUCCCAGGAGUCGAUGACUUCUUUCCAGCAUAUCAUUCAGUUCCACCACUGGAAACCACAAAACCCAGGUGAUCCGCCUAUGCCAGACAAGCCGCCAGGUCCAGCGCCCGACGUUCCUUUGGGGCAGUAUACGACUGAGCCCUUGGGUCAUUCACGAAGCAGUAGCCGUGCUGCAAUGACCCACAAACGGCAUAAAUCUAGUGACAUGUCUGUGGACCUUCUGUCCCAAGCUAACCCUUACUUUUCGGCCCCGAUUUAUGGAGUUGCUCCUGGCGGACCAUCUUACAGACUCAACGAGGCACCUGAAGAAGAUGUGUCGAUGGAGAUAAGCGAUGUGAGCAAUAGUGACAUGAAGCUGCUUGAGGAAAGAUGGCCUAAGAAGAAACCUGGGCGCCCUCGAAGGAAUAGAGAAUAA